AGCCGACUAAACAAAUAUUCAGAGUGAUUCUUGAUGAGCUUAAAGAAAUCUGGGGAAGAGCAGCCAUUCCCAUCAAAGUUGACAGAAACUGUUUACGACAACUCCUCAAAAUCCACCAAGAUUGGUUUGCCAUUACCAAAAUUAAGAUUGAUUCAAGACAGACUGUUAAUUCAAAGAAGCAUAUUGCAAAUUUUAAGACACGAAUGAAUACUUUGUGCGAUCUGACACCAAGUGAUGUAGAAAACAAACUGAAGGCAUCAAGAAAAACGUACUGGAAAGAAGAUUUUAUGUUCUUAAUAGGACAAAGAGAGUAUCCACAGCGUGGUCGUAUGGCCAAUGUUGACCGAAACGAAGCUCAAAGAGCAAAUAUUCAAUCACUGAGAAGUUCACGAACAAAUACACCUUCGUUGCCCGCAUCAAAUGAAACAUCCGAUGAAUCAAUAUCUGUCGGCAGCAACGAAUCAGAGGACUUAUCGCAGUUUUCCAGUGAUGAAGAAUAUUAUGAACCUCGCAGAACCCCACGUCCAUCAUCGGUAAUAUUAGAAAUCCCUGCCAAAAAUCUUACCAAAGCAACAGGCCAGGUAGCAGAUAGCAGAGAUCUUAGUUUACGUGACCAUUUGACGAUCCAAUCUGCUUUGGUUGCUGCUGGAGGUGGCAAUAUCAAUGAUUUUUCGAUGUCCCUCACCACAGUUCACCGACAAAGACAGCAGUUAAGGAAAGAAAUAUCGGAUGGUAUCAAAGAAAGGUUUAUUCCACCAUCGUCCAUUCUAAUCCACUGGGACUCUAAGCUCAUCAAAUAUCUAACUGGAAAAGUAGACGAUCGCGUUGCGAUCCUAAUAAGUGGAAAACCUGAUCUUGAAAACCCUAAAUUACUGGGCAUUCCAGUGAUAGCGAAUUCUACUGGGGAAGCUCAACACAACGCCGUCAUUGAUUUACUUAGAGAGUGGAAGGUUUUUGACAAAGUUGUUGGUUUGGUGUUUGACACUACGGCCAGUAACACCGGUCGCUUGAAGGGAAGUGCCACUAGUAUUGAAAAAACACUUGGUCGAGCAGUAUUAUGGUUUGCAUGUAGACAUCACGUUUACGAAAUACAUGUCAAACAUGUAUCUGAUUCGGUAAUGGGAAAGCGAAACAGCCCAUCAGAAGCGCUGUUCGUCCGGUUUCAAAAGGAUUGGAAAGACUUUGAUCAAGAACAAAGUAAUCUGGUGCUCUUUGAUUGGGAGGUAAAUGAUGAUCUGAUAAACGUUGGACAUCAAGUACUUGAAUGGGCAACGGGAUGUCUUGCGUCCAAAACAUUUCCUGGCGAGGACUAUCGUGAAUUAGUUCAACUUACAGUUUUAUUUUUGGGCGGAACUGUCCCUGACUUUCGAUUCAGAAAACCAGGUUCGCUACUUUCAUUAUUUCAACGGAAACGGUCUAAUCCAUCAUAUUGUUUACUUGUAUUCUGA